AUGAAAGCGGACGUCAAAUUAAAUCAAGGUAUAAAUAGAAUGAAGGCGUCGAAACAACCCGGAAUGAUAAUGAUAUACAAAUCCUGGUGUCCCGUUUGCACGGAACUUAAAAACAAAAUGACCAAUUCCCGGGAAAUUGAUCAUUUGAACGAAGAUGAACCCGAUAGUCAAGCUUAUUCUCCCGACGGCGGUUACAUACCCAGAAUUUUUUUCACGAAUCCCAACGGGAAUAUAUUAUACGAAAUAUUCAAUACGAAAGGAGAUCCACGUUAUAAAUAUUUUUACACGACCGAUGCGGAAUUGAUACCAAAUAUGAGAAAAGUCAUCGGAUUUUUUUCUUAG